AUGGGAGACUUCAACUACCAGUACAAGGAUCGUCGAGUCGAUGGCACCCUCACCAGUGCGCCAGUGGAAUGGACCGAUCUACUCGAUGACUACUUUAUUGACGUUUUUGGGAAUGAUAAACAUAACACUUGGCAUAGUAGAAGCAAUGCAGGGAUUCUGGAUUACAUCUUUUGUAGUUCAAACGCUCAUCAUUUAGUCACUAGCACUAACCAGCAGUAUCUAUCUCCUGCCUGGACCGAACAUGAACUCUUGGGAUUCUCUUUUCGAUUUCAAGAUGCGAAUGGCCGUGGCCCUGGUAACUGGAAGGCAAAUCCGUUCUUGGCUCGCAACAAGGCAUUUAGGAAGGCAUUGGCAGAAUUCCUCAUUGAUAGUGAGGCACGUCUGGCAGAGAUCAAGCGUUUAUCCACUCCACAACAACAAUGGGAUUGGAUCAAAGCCGAAGUAAAGAUGUUUAUCAAACAAUAUCAAAUGGAGGAUUUGAACUGGCGGAAACAGCAGCUACACCAACUGCUAUCAAAGAGAAACAAGAUGAUACGGCAUAAGAAGACAAGAGGCUUGGUUUUUCAAGGCUUGGACAUGGUUAAUUAA